AACAUUUUUCUUCUUCUAUUUUUCCAAAUGUCUCAAAACUAUGUAAAUGUCAGUACAGCAGUAGGAUCAAAAUAACUACACAAAGUAUUGGCAUCGCCAAAAAACGGACUUGAUGGCGUGGCUAUCUUUUUAGCUGCAACGUGACACCCUUCCACGUCCAUAGCUGAAGGAUUUACUGAAGGCUAUGAACCUGGUCGUCCGUAAUAAUUCCAGGAGCUUGAUGGCUAUCCUUGCCAUGACACCCCUUGCCGUUGAUUGUGUGGUGCUGUACUACUACAGUGCUGCCUUUCGACCGCUGCAAAUGGAAUUAUUUCUGCUUCAUCAUCAGACUUGGAUAGUUCAAAAUUCUAAACUAAUUCAUGACUGGAUAAAGACUGGCAAUUGCACCGAAAGUAGGCACAUUAUUGCUAUUUUUUCUGGUCAAAAGCCAAUAAAAUCCGUCGUUUGUUGUGGUCUGAUACCCGAGAAAAUAUUUGCAAGUUAUAAUGACCACUUUAACUAUUGAAUUAUAAAUAAUCUUUUUAUCUUGAUGAAUUAGCAACUUGAUUUUAUUUAAAAGUCGCGUAAGGUAUAUAUAUGAUGCAGAUAAUAUAGGAAAUAAGGAGUAUAUGGGGUAUAUGGGGUAUAUUGAAGUAAAAUGAAAAAAUGGUUAUAAAUAGAAAAAUUGCUUUUGGUAAUGUGCAUGUUAUUGUUAAAGAUAUAAUAGGGCACAAUUACAUAGAAUUUGUUUCCAUUUGGCGGGUAUUGGACUAGACCAACUUGAUUAUGAAUAUCGUUUAUGGUUAGGACUGUAUAAGUUGGUUCGUUUGACGGCCUGGUGUGCGGCUACUUUGUGGCCGCUGUCUGACAAUAGGAACUGAUGAGUCUUGUCCAGCCGCAUCAUGUUCCUUUAUGACCUCCACUAACGCAAGAAAAUGCAAGGAGCCGUGAGAAUCCUUAUGAUGGAAGAAGAAUUGUACUAUACCGAUGAGCCAGCUGUGGAAGAUUGCAUUACAGUUGCUAAAGUAAAUAAAUAAUAAAGAUAUAAGCAAAUUUUGAUUG